AUGGCUGGUUACCGGGCUGAAGAAGAGAUGGAUGUCAUGAGUAAAUUAGAUAUGGUACGAGGUAUUCGAAAUAAAGUACAACUAUUGGAUAAAUUAAAGAGCAAAAUGCAAAAAGAACUGGAGUUAAUCAGUGGUGAAGAAAAGAAACUACAAGAAUUUACCUCUGAAAUUGAAUUAUUACAAGAGGAAAAAAUGAAUCACGUCGAAGCAUUAAGAUUAAUUCAUGCAGAUAUUAAUUCAAUGGAAGCCAUUAUCAAGCAAACCGACCAAGAAUGCCAUCAGUGUAGAAAUAAUAUUCAACGUACACAUAAAGAAUACAAUGAAUUAAAAUAUGAGGUAGACAAGAUGAGAUCUUCAUUAGGUUUAGAAUCUCUACCUGGCUUAGAAGAUGACGAUCGUAACCUAUUCACUGGAAUAAUGAAAGCUCAAGAAACAUCUAAAAUAAUCCACACAGAAGUCAAGCCUCCACUACCUCUUGCUCCACCAACUGCCAUCGAUACUGUCACCCCACUACAAGCAGUACCAGCAGAGAAUCAAGAUGAGGAACCUGUAAUACAACAAUUUAAGCAACAAGCACCACCCAUGAAAAUGUGUUUAUCAUGCCAUCAACAAAUUCAUCGUAAUGCUCCAAUUUGUCCCUUAUGUAAGGCGAAAAGUAGGUCCAGGCAUCCAAAGAAAAAGAGAAAAAUUGAUGAUUAA